CGUGCCGUUGACAGUUGGCAAGCUGAAAAUUGAAGGUAGCUCAACUGAAAUUUUGUUGUAGAAUUGAAUUUUAGUUUUCCCAGUGCCACAGUGUGAAUACCAUGAGAAGUUUCUCAAUACCGCAACAGCAACAUAAUCAACAAACAUACGAGAGGUCCAUCUAUCACCAGGUGCAGUCCCUGCAGCAGCAGCAGCAGCAGCAGUCGGUGGAGAAUGCGACGGUUACAUACGGCGAGCCGUUGUCCGUGAAUGGCGUGCCGGCCACAGGUAUUUAUCACAAUGGCACCUGGUACAAUGCGGCGCCCCAAUUUGGUCCGUAUCAGCCCGCCGAUGGGCAAGGGCCACUGCAGCUGGUGCUCCAACAAGCCGCCAGCCAGAAUGUGCCGCAAUACGAGCCGCAAACCUACUGCUAUCAGCCGCUGCAAGUGCAGGAGGCUCAGCCCUUGGGCUAUGCAACCGCCUAUCGGCCAGUGGAGCCGCAAUCGUCGACCAAUCCACAGGCCUACGCCUAUCAGCAGCAUUCCGUCCAACAGUCCCAGUCCCAGUCACAGUCCCAGCAGCAGCAGCAGCAGCAGCAGCAGCAGGUGGUGCAGCUGGCGCCCACCUAUUAUUAUCAGCCCGUGCAAAUGGUCGCGGGACCACCAACUGGCCAGCCAUACGUGGCAGCCUCGGCCAGUCUGUCACAACUGAUCGCAGCUCCGGCCAAUGCACAGCAGCAAUAUGUGACAGCAGGCUCAAAUGUACAGCAAUUGAUCGCAGCUGCACCACCGACUGCACAGCAAAUGAUGACAGCUCCAGCUCCAGCGGCACCACCACCAAGCCAGCUGAUGGAGCAGCCACAGGCACAGCAGCAGCUUUUCAGCUCCUCCCAGUCGUACAACUAUCAGGUGUGUAACUAUCAGGAUGCACCUGCACCACCUGCACCAGUUGGGCUGCUGCCCACGCCCGAUAUGCUGCCACAGACAGACGAGGCAUUUGGCCAUCAAUGCUAUAAUUAUUCGCAGCCACAGUCGCCACGAAGUCCACCACCCAUGCCAUCGUACGAUGCACCACCACCCAUGCCGCUGGGCCUAUCAACGGAUUACAUUGAGCCCGAAACUGUUGAGGUGGACAUAUCGAUGGCCAGCGAUGUGUUCAUAGCCAGGACACCCGACAAGCUGGUGGUCAGUCUAUAUAAGCUGCGCGGCAGACGCAAGCCAGUCCCAGGCACCCAGAAUGUAUAUAUAAAUGGACGAGUACCUGACUGUACCAUAUCGCAGUCCAAGUCGGAUGUCUGUUCAGAUCAGGCCACAUAUCGGAAUGGCUGUCAUGAGCAGGACUUGGCUGUUGCAGCUCAAUCGGAGGCGACUCCAGAUGCUCCACCAGCUAUGGAAGCUGCUCAGUGCUAUAUGGAACCAACAGAGCAUGUGCUAUGCGCCCAGGAGCUGCCCGAACGCAUGGACAGUCCACCGAAUGCAGCGGAUCAAUUGGCGCCCGGCUUUCAGGCCUUCAAUGUGAUUGAUUCAUCCAAUUUGUUGGAAUGUCCGGCGGUCACUGCGUCCAGGCCCAUGAUGGAGCAAAAUCCGCUGAUUUUGUGCAAUGCAGAUAUGGAAAAAAAAUUCUAUCCAUGUCCCAAUAGGGAGGCGGCACCCAAGCCAAAGGAUGUUGACAAAAAAAUGGAUGUCGUUGAGCAGUUUCGAGCGCCGCGUCGCGUCAAUCCAAUCAGCACACAGCAGCUGGGUCUGAUCAGGCCCUGCAAGUCGGAGCUGGUAAAAAACGAAAGUAAAUAUCUGAGGAAUAACUAUAUGCCCGAUGUGGGUCGCGCGGCAAAGCAGGCCAACAAGCCGCAGCGGCAGCCCGAAAUGAUUGUCAAGGAAAUCCUGAAACCGCCGCCCAAGCUAAGUACACAGGAGAAAAACGAGAAGCUCUUGCCGGAACUAUUGAAUAUCAGUUCUAGCAAAUCGUUUCAAGCGAAUGCCGAGAGUGCUCAGCAUAUAAAUGAGACAGUAAAGCCCGACUCAGUGUCAGCGGCAGAGAGCUUUGCGGUAGAGCCUGGCGAAAUUACGGACAAAUUAAUAUCGCAGGUAUUCGCUGGACAUAUUGUGGCGCAGCUUUGCCAAACGGCCAGCAAAUUCGCAGCACCACAAUCAACUGGCAAACCAACUGUCCAGGGCAAUUCAAAUGGCACGCUGUCAAUUUUCAAGCUGCCAGCUCAAGUCAGUCCAGCCACAGUCCAAGAAAACUUACCAGAGAACUUGAGCCCCACACACUCAAUUUUGAAGCUGCCAGCUCAAGUUAGCUUAAGCACAAUACCAUCAAGCCAGAUCAACUCAAACGCAACCCAAUCAAAUUUAAAGCUACAUUCUCCGGAAGCACCAGAAGCAGCUGCUCCCAAGACAACCCAAUUGGUAAGCCCAACAGCAACUGCAGAAACCCCACAGGAAACUCCCAAGACAACCCAAGCAACUGACAUGCAGGCAGCUCCAGAGCUCCCAAAGGCAGUCUUAAAAAUAUCACAAGAAAGUUCCAAGACGGUCUCAAAGGCCGCCAAGGCACUUCCGCAGAUAUCCAAGAAGAAAGCCAAGCUCUUGGCUCGGAAAAACCAAAAGCCAUUUCAGCCUCAGACCCAACACCAAAUUCCAACAAAAUCUGUGCUUCAAAUUGGAGCCAAGCCAACUCCAAAGCUAUCCCAGACAAAUUAUAAAACUACACCUGAAUUUAAUCCAAAGACAACUAAAGACAAUCAAAAAACAACUACGACAAAUUUCAAAAUGUCAGCUGAAGCGGCACCAAAGUCUACUCAAGCAACUUCAAAAAUAUCAGCUCAAGUAACGCAAAAGACAUCCCAACCAAGCUCAAAUGUAUUAGCUGAAGCGAACUCCAUGCUAGCUCCAGUAGCUUCCAAGCUACCAGCUGAAGAAAACCAAAAAACAACAGAGACAAACUCUAAAUCAUUAGCGGAAGAAUAUACAAAGCUAGCUCAAGUACAUUCCACGAUAUUGACUCAAGGAACGCAAAACACAUCAGCUGAAGUGAGCCCCAAGUCAACUCAGGAAGCUGCCAAGCUACCAACUCAAGAAGACUUCAAGCUACCAGCUCAAAUAGCCUUCAAGCUUCCAACCAAAGAAAAUCAAAAGACAGCCCAGACAAGCUGCAAACAAACAACUGAAGAAACAGCCAAGGUCGUCCAAGACAACCCGAAGACGACCUCAAAAGCAACUCAGAAAAUUUUAGAAACUCUACAGACAUCUCCGCCGAAUUCCAAGUUAUCACCCGAGUUGAUCCCAAAGGCAACUGAAGUAGCUUUUGACCUACCAACUCAAAUAGUUUCCAGGCUGUCAGCGCAAGAAUAUCAAAAGACAUUCAAGCCAAGUUCUAAACUGUCACCUGAAAUAAUUCCGACUCAAGAUAACCAGAAGAUAUUCCAGCCAAGUUCUAAACUUACACCUGAUGUAACCCUAAGUUCAACUCAAGUAGCUUCCAGGCUAUUUACUUCGGAGAAUCAGAAGCUAACGCAAACUAUUUCUAAGGUCUCCCCUGAAGUAAGUCCAAGGACUUCGCAAUUAAAAACAAAAUGUUCACCGGAAGUAAGCCCAAAGGCAUCGGAUGUGGCCUUUAAGGUGCCAGCACAAGUUAGAUCGAAACUCUUGUCUCAAGGAAAUCCCAAAUUAUUGCAACCUAUUUCCCAGCUACCAUCCCAGAAGCAGGCAGCUCUUUCAGACAGACCUGAAAAAGUUGCAUCAGAGCUAACACGCUCAACCACCCAGAUCUUUUCCCAGAACAAAUCCCAACUUGUCGACGCGACACUAAAGUGUAUUCCCCUAAGGGGAGCUAGUAGUAUUAUACUGGCGCCAUCUAAAGCAAUCAAAUCUUUGGCUGCCAAGUGGUCCAUGCCCGAAAAAGCUGUCGGUGCUGAGUCCAAGCCGCCAACUCAAGUAGAUGCUAAGCCAAGUCCUGAACUUAAAAUCGUAUCGGAGGUAGCUCAACCCAAGCUAAAACUAACUCCUGUGGGUAAAUCUGAGGUCAACACAAUUAAAGCCAUGCAGAAGCCCAUUCCUGAGGAUAAGUCCGAAGCAGAGAUAAAACAAGCCCAGCAUUUGAUUGCUUCGACAUACCUAGGGUUCCCUUCUAAGUUUGAUCCUACACAGCAAGAUAAGCCGAUUGAGCAGAAGACAAGCCAAUUUAAGGCAGCUUCAGAAGGUGUUAAGCUGGUACCAAUUGGAAAUCAGACGGUAGAGCUGAAGAGAAACCAGAUAAAAUGGGCUUCAGAAGGUCCUGCGUCGGUUGAGCUCAUGGCAAACCAGAUUAAGGUAGCUUCAGUAGUUUCAGAACCGGUAGAACUCGAUUUAAAAUUAGUUUCAGAGGAUGCUGAGUCAGAAGUACCCGAGACUUACCAGAUAAAGUUUACCUCAGAAGGUGGGAAACUCGAAGAAAAUCAAGCUUUAGACGAAAAUCAACUAAAGUCAACUGCAGAAGAUGCGCUUCCGGUAGAGCACGACGAAACCCAAGUAGAGAUACCUUCAGAAGGGGCGAGGCUGAUAGAGUCCAAGUUAAACCAAUAUGCUGAGUCAGUAGAGAAGAAUCACCAUGAAUAUAUAUUUGGUACUCCAGAGCAUUCUAAUUUGAAUACUUCAAAGGAUGCAAUGCAGUCUGAGCUUACAGCAAACCCAAUAAAGUUGGCUAAACCAGAGGGUGCCGAGGCGGUAGAGCUCCAAUCAAAAUCAAACAUAGCUGCGCAGACAAGUUGUGAACAGGGCGCGGACAAGUCAGCAUAUCAAGAAAAAUUGAAAAGCGGCUCCAAAAAACAAUAUUUAGCACACCCUACACUAGCCGUACCGGAAACAAACCAAACGACGAGCUUGGAGCAAGCUGGGAAGCCAUCGACAAAGCCAAAACCACGUAAGAUAGAUGAUCUGAUGCUAAACGUAAUAAGCGCGGAGGAACCGAUCCAGCCGUUUGGUGUGCAGCAGCAGCAGAGUAUUUCAAAGAAAAAGCCUGCCAAAUUGAGCAAACUGGAGCGCAAGGCGCUGCGACGGGAGGCAAAUAAGGCGCAGCACGAGCUCCAGGCUGCUCAAAAGGCCGAAGAGAUGGCAAGGGCAGGGGCCGAGCGAAUUCCGAACGAUGAAGCCGUUAGAGAGCCCAAGAGAAAGAAGAAGAAGAAAAAUAUAAAUUCAGAUACCGAAGAAGUUCAGGAGGAUGAUAGAAACGAAGACUCCGGUUCCGAACCGGAAAUCGAGUGCCCAGCGUUAAAGGAGGUUUGUGAUCCAAUUUUGCGUCGUAAACUUAUGACAAUCAUUCAUAAAAUUGUUAAUCUGUGAAUUAGAACAAGAGUUUGCAAUAAAGAAGCAUUUUUAUUAUAGA